GGGGAGGAUUAUCCUACACUAUCUGCUCGUUUUACUGGUCUCUUGUUGCAAGACAGACUCAACUUUGUCGUCGCUUCUCUUGUUUUCAGUACCUACUUUCUGUCACCUCACUCGCUUUGGUGAUACGAUAGUCUAUCGCUUCUACUAAUUACUAUCGCUUAUAAACCGUACGUAAUUGCAUUAUAGUAUCCGGGAAACGGGAGAGGUAAUCUAUGCCAUUCGCUAUCCAGUCUCUUGCGAAGCGAACCCUUUCCUUUCCCUUGUUUUUUCCCCGAUACUCUAUUAUCACGGACCUAUUCGACAUACAUUCGCUCUCUCCCCGUCGAACCCAUCAGUCACCUACCGAGCUUUCAGUGCCUUACCUCUAGUCUAAUACACGAGCGGAAGGACUUGCUUUAAUUCGAACCCGUCGUUUAUAUCUGUGUCCUCUGACCUCGAUCAGUUUAUUCCGGAUUGUAAAGCCUGUCGUUGUUGUCCAUCCGGACAACACGAUUUAAUCGAGUUCAACAUGGCUAAUCACCAAGCACGGAUGUCCAUAUACUCGGUUGCUUCCGAAGCAAUGGGAGGAUCACGAGGCGCCGGCCAGCAAUCAUCCCAGGUCUCGACGACUACUCUUCUGAACAGCAUUCAUAAUAUCUAUAUGUCAUCACAACCCUAUAGACUCGAUGCCGGAACAAGCCUCGUCGUUAAUACAUGGCUUACUGCUACUCAAGCAGGAUUAGACGGCAAGACCGGAGGGACUGUAGACCGCGACCUGGCUGCCAGAGCGUGGGAACAUGCUAGACGACGCGCAGAAGACGGCUGCAUUGUUUUAGGGUCUCUCCAUCAAUCAACCCCCUCACUACUUAGCCCGUUCCUCACGUCCUUACCUCUUGCCAUCCCCUCUUCUCUUUUAACUGCCUUAGAAGUAAUCAAGCCCUUUAUACGCUGUGUAACUCCCUAUAACCCAUCAACGCCGCGGCAAUCUGCCCUUGCAGUAACCCUGACGCUAAAUCUAGCUGGAAACUUAACUGCAGCUAGCUUGGCGCUAUCUCAGGGCGGUAUCGAUACAGUGAAAGGUCUCCUUGAUAUACCCGCUGAAGCUGGCUAUCGUGCAUUUGACGUUUUCUACUAUCUUUUAACUUCAGCAUCGACUCCGGCUGAACGAGAAUUCUUGGGUCUCAAGUCAGCCUCUACUUAUUCUUUAUUAGCCAAGUCUGGUACUUAUAGCCCCCCGUCUUAUCUUCCGACCGCCGAUGACGGUGCUGCCGCCGAUGACUUCCGUACUGCCCUUAAAGAAAUUGGUAUUAAGGGAUCAGCUCACCGAAACUUCAUCUCGACCCUUGCUGGGCUUUUGAAACUUGGAAAUACCCUUGACUAUAAUGUUGAUGACGAUGUCCUGGAAGACGUUUGCGAGGAUGUUGGUGGACUACUGGGUCUUGACCCAGAAGUGUUAGCCCGGCAAUGCACAACUGACGAUAGACGCGUAUUGGUGGGAGGAUUGUAUGAGGCCCUCGUCGAUUGGGUUAUAACUAAGGCAAAUGAGGCCAUUGGGCUCCAGAUGUCCCGUAUUAGGGAUGGUCAGGAGUCAUUAGACGGCCACAGAACACCGACGUCAGCAGAAGAUAAUGGGGAUACCGUCUGCAUAACUGUCGUAGAAAUUCCGGAUCCCAAUCUGGGCAAGGCCAUUGCAAUGCGUGGUAUUUUCGAUGAUACUACAGGAAUCAACGCUGAAAUGAAAGAAGAUGGACUGGAUGUUGUUCCUGCUGGCAGUUCAGUCAUCCGAGAAAUGCAAAGCAGUGUUGCCGAUGUUGCACCUGACCUGGGUAUCACAACCGGUCCCAUCGCUAAGACAAGACAACACGAGCUUGAGAAGCGAGAAGAAAUUCUGGAGAAGGCUGGCUUCGCUAGUGAUGACGAUGGGUUCCUGAAGAAGUUACUUUUCCCUGUUUCUGGACAAGGGAUUAACCUGGGUCGAAAUGCACGGCUAGACCUCCCAGGUGUCCUAAGUGCGAGCCGUGUUUGGUAUCAUUUAUCCCUUCACCCUACUGACGAAACCCCCGCCAGCCUAGCUGCACUUCCUUCCAUCACGUCUGCCUGGUCUGCUGGCACCGUAUCUCGCCAGCUACGUGCUUGGAGAUUGCCUGAGUGGGCUAAUCGUCGCAAUAAGAAUCUUGAUUUUACGGCAGACUUUGAUCUGCAUGAGUUUUACCAGCGUUUCGCUCCCCUCGGCUGCGGAGAAGGCCGGGAGGGUAUUGAGACCUGGAUUCUUGAGAGGGGUUGGAGCAACGGCGAAGUGGUUAUUGGUAAAGAACGCGUAUGGAUGAGGGAAACUGCGUGGUGGGAAGCUGAGAGCAUGCUCGACCUCAGGCCACCACAAGCUUCGAUGCCUGGUGGUAUGAGCAAUGUGUUCAACACGCCUGGCCUCGAGACCGGCUAUUCUAACAAUGGCAGCGGAUUUUUCCCACCGAAUAUUGCCGAUCAUUAUUCCAACGGUAGCCAGGACCAGCUUGUUAACCACCAGCGUAACCAGAGUCGACUUACGCUUGCGCAGAGUCAAAUGAGAGCUGCUUCGAUUGCACCCUCCGCUAAGCGUGCUGGUGGCAAUGGCGAUUAUGGCUUAGGGUCAAAAGGUGACAAUCAUCGCGACCAAGUAUACUACACCGCCGACGGCGACUUCAUCAACAAUCUUGACCCUCUUGAUGCUCAAGGUAAACACGUGGAAACUGUAGAUACAACCCUCACUCGACGAAUUUGGGUCGGUUUUGUCUGGUGUCUCACCUUUUGGAUUCCUUCCUUUGCCCUUCGUUAUAUUGGUCGGAUGAAGCGUCCCGAUGUUCGCAUGGCCUGGCGUGAAAAGUUCGUCUUGGUCUUUCUCAUACUUCUGAUGAACGUGUUUAUUAUUUUCUGGAUCAUCUUGUUGGGUCGGAUCAUCUGCCCCAACUUUGACAAGGCCUGGCUCCAGAAAGAAGUUGACAAUCAUCAAGGCGGAGAUGAUUUCUGGGUCAGUAUUCAUGGCAGAGUCUACGAUAUUAGCGAUUUUUGGCGACGGCAGCAUAGCGACUCGAAUAUCGAGACAACGAACGAUCUCAUGAUGCAAUUCGCGGGAAUGAACUUGGACGAUUAUUUUGUGGCUCCGCUUCCGCUUACAUGCCCCGGCCUCGGUAUCUCUGAAACUAUACAGUUACAAAGAAACAACACGCCCACUAUACCCCAAGGUGUGCAUACGUCUGGGUAUUACCAGCCGGAUCAGACAACCGCGCUAAGGUCCGCUACCUGGUACCGUGAUACCUUCCAACCAAAGAUCAAGGAGUAUUACCAUGGCGACCUAGUCUGGGAUCUCACGGAGGUCUAUGAUGACGGCAGAAACAACAACCACAUGUGGAUCAUCUAUGAAGGUGGAAUUUACGACCUGACCGACUAUUUCAACACCAUUGAUUACUAUAAGAACCUCGCUCAAUACAACUUCCUGGACGCAGAUAUGAUAGAUACGAUCAGGGAUAACCCGGGACAGGAUGUCACAAGCUUAUGGGCCAACCAAAUCGACAACGCUAAGGGGAAUAAGACAGCGCUUGCCUCGAAACUGAACAGUCUCAAUUGUAUCAAGGAAACCUUCUACGUCGGCAUACCCGACUUCCGUAAUUCGGCUCAAUGUCAAGCCAAUAACUACAUCCUUCUAGCUUUCGCUAUCAUGAUCUGCAUUGUUACUGCGACCAAGUUCUUUGCAGCUUUGCAGUUUGGAUCCAAACGACGUCCAGCCCCACAAGACAAGUUUGUCAUUUGUCAGGUUCCAGCUUAUACGGAAGGAGAAGAUUCGCUAAGAAAGGCACUUGAUUCCCUCACGGCGUUGCAAUAUGAUAACAAGAGGAAGCUGAUAUGUGUUAUCUGCGAUGGUGUUAUUGUCGGUGAAGGUAACGAUCGACCUACGCCCAAGAUCGUUCUUGACAUCCUAGGAGUUGACCCCAAGGUCGACCCUCCAGCUCUGCCCUUCAAAUCUGUUGGUACUGGUAGUGAACAACUCAAUUACGGCAAAGUCUAUUCUGGUCUCUACGAAUAUGAAGGCAAUGUGGUUCCAUACCUCGUUGUCGUCAAAGUGGGCAAAGAAUCCGAACAGUCUAAGGCGAAGCCUGGUAACCGUGGCAAGCGUGACUCCCAAAUCUUGCUGAUGAGCUUCUUGAACCGCGUCCACCACCGGGCUCCGAUGAACCCUCUGGAACUAGAAAUGUUCCAUCAAAUCAAUAACAUCAUUGGUGUCGAUCCUGAACUGUAUGAGUACCUAUUGAUGGUUGAUGCUGAUACUUGCGUGCGAGAAGAUUCCCUCAAUCGUCUUGUCGCGGCCUGUGCCAACAAUUCAAAGAUCGCUGGUAUUUGCGGAGAGACUGGUCUCCAAAACGAGGAACGUUCUUGGUGGAGCAUGAUUCAAGUCUACGAAUACUACAUCUCCCACCACUUGUCAAAGGCUUUCGAAUCGCUUUUUGGUAGUGUUACUUGUUUGCCCGGAUGUUUCACAAUGUACCGUCUACGCACUGCUGACCGAGGCCGACCUUUGAUUAUUUCUGAUGGAGUGAUUAAGGAUUACAGCAUCUGUACCGUCGACACUCUCCACAAGAAGAAUCUUCUGUCGCUUGGAGAAGAUCGAUACCUCACAACGCUGAUGACGAAGCACUUCCCACGCAUGUCAUUUAAAUUCAUCCCUGAUGCAUACUGUCAGACGGCAGCUCCUGAGAAAUGGAGCGUCUUACUUUCACAAAGACGAAGAUGGAUUAACUCUACUAUUCAUAACCUUGUUGAGUUAAUGAUGCUUCGGGACAUGUGCGGUUUCUGCUGUUUCUCCAUGCGCUUUGUUGUCUUCAUUGACCUCACUGGAACACUCAUUUUACCGGCCACUUGCGUUUAUAUUGGUUACCUCCUCUACCUUAUCAUCUCCCACACUGGUCCAUUCCCAAUCGUUUCAAUCGCCAUGCUAGCUGGUAUCUACGGUCUUCAGGCUUUAAUCUUUAUUCUUAAGCGACAAUGGCAACACGUGGGUUGGAUGAUCAUCUACCUUCUCGCAUUCCCCAUCUACUCCUUCGUCUUACCCCUCUACUCUUUCUGGAACCAAGACAACUUCAGCUGGGGUAACACGCGUAUUGUCAUCGGUGAAAAGGGUAACAAGCAAAUAGUGGCAGUCGAUGACGAGGGCUUCGACCCGCGUUCCAUUCCAUUGCAGCGCUGGGAUGAUUAUGCCACGUUGAAUAAUCUACCCGGCCGCCGUGGCGCACAAAAUGAAAAAGCCCAUGAGUACUACGAUGACACAUAUGAAAUGGACGACAUGAAAUCAGUCUAUUCUUCGGUUCGACAACCCUCAGUCCUUACUGGUCUCCAAGGUCGUGGUGGAUUCAUGCCACCCCAAUCUCCGGCUCCAUUCCAGAAUAUGGCUCGCCAGUCUACCCUUGGCCCCUACAACGAUAACCCCAUGUACCGACAGUCUACUGCAUCGUUUGGCGACAUGCAGCAUAUGCAAUCGCCUUUCCAAGACUUCCCUACACAAAGGCCCAGCAUGAACAAUUUGCGUGCUGUAUCGAACAACUCUCCACAACUCGAGAUGCACCGUAUGUCCAACGCCACACUGGGUUAUUCAGGGGGUGCUCGCCCACCAUUAGGCCAGGGUCAUCAGUCAACUGCAUCAUUUGACUUCCAACGAGGUCACCUAGGGCCCGACGAUGGCAUAAUUAUAGAGGCGAUCCAAGCGGUCCUCCGAGAAGUCGACUUAGACACGGUAACCAAGAAACAGGUCAGGGCUCUUGUUGAACAAAGACUGCAGACGGAGUUAAUAGGCGAACGGAAGACAUUCCUUGAUCGCCAGAUCGACAACGAAUUGGCUAACAUGUAGCCACGUUAUUUCUUUUAUCUAUAAUGGAUCGGAGCAGAUAUAGGACGAAUUAAUCUAGAUGUACAUAUAGCAAGCAACUCAGGUUGGUUGUAUUUGACGUGAUGCUGGUGGUUCUGGGAGGCACGGAGCCGGAUCAUCCUAAAUGAAUAUUGUCCUUGCCGGCGUUUUUUUAAACAAAAGAAGAGCAGAUGAAGCCACAUACUAUUUAUCCACGCAGAAGAAGAGAAGAAGAAAAUGAUAGGAAUUCAUAAUGUCGGUUAGUGGUGGUUAGUGGAUCGGAUUCCAGGGUAUAUUGCUUGCACUUACGUCCCUCCUCCCCCUAUUUGCUACGUCUUAACUAGUUCUAGAUGAACGGGAGCAGUUUGCGGGUAUCUUGUUUUUACAUUGCUGCAUAUCAUAUCAUAUCAUAUCGUCGUUAUACAUCGUUACAGGUACCUAGGUACAUACAUCUGCACGGCUUUCUCUUGCGCAUAUCGGGCAUUGCUACUAGGUAAUAAUCAAAUUUAAUAGACAGA